AGGAAUUCAAGAAUUGAAACUGCAUUACUUUACAAUACUUGUUGAAACCCUGAGACCCUGAGUAUCGACAUCACUGGAAUUACUCCGUACUUUCUCACUUCUCAUUCAGAAGCUCUCAACUGCCAGUUUACUUUACAAUGAGUCGCACCCCAGAGAUUCUCUGGGCUCAACGCUCUGAUAAGGUCUAUUUGACAGUUUCAUUGCCUGAAGCCAAAGAUAUCGUAGUGAAGUGUGAGCCCGAGGGACUAUUUAAGUUUUCAGCCACUGGGCCACAAGAAGAGAAGUAUGAAUUUACUCUGGAUCUGUAUGGAGCCAUAGCACCGGAGGGGUGUAAAGCUAAAACAGGAUGGAGGAAUAUAUUGUGCUCAAUACAGAAAGAGCAGAGGGGCUGGUGGAAAAGACUUCUAAAAUCAGAAGAAAAAACUCCUCCAUAUCUGAAAGUUGAUUGGAAUAAAUGGCGUGAUGAAGAUGACGAAGAGUCAGACUGCAUUGACUUGCACGUGAGAAGCACGUGUUCCGCUGAGUUGGCCUACAAUGAUGAUACUGCUGCGGAUAAUGAUGGGGAAAGCAGUGAUGAUGAUGGAUUACUCUAUCUUCCCGACUUGGAGAAAGCUCGGGGAUUAUGAAUUCCUGAGGUAGCUACAAUGGAAACAUUCAACUGCAUGACCUAUGCAACUAGUGCUCUCAAUUGACUUCUGUAGUCUAUAAAUGCGUGAUAUAACCUUUAGGCUGUAACAAAGUGUUAGGAUUCUGUUAGUGCAAGUAAUAUUCUCUGUAAAUUGACCUAGAAAAAUAGAACUUGAUGUUGGUAGAUUAAAGACAGCCCAGCUGUGCCUUUCUGAGAAUCUCUAGUUCUUAUUGGUCUCUAUAUGGUGUAAACUCAAUUGCAUGUAAUCUAGAUUUCUUAAGAGUGCAGUAUGAAAGAUGAUGAAUUUGAUGUUCUUUAACCUUUAGAUUUAACUCCAAA